AUGAAUAGUAUACGCCAAGUCCAAGAGCUGAACAGGAGAGAGCUAGAAAAUGGAGUUUCCCCAGAGGCGUCAUGGCAUUCCGACUACAAAGACACGGCGUAUAUCUACAUAGGAGGGCUACCGUUCCAGCUAUCUGAGGGCGACAUCAUAACUAUUUUUUCUCAGUAUGGCGAACCGACGUUUAUUAAUCUUGUGCGCGACAAAGAAACAGGAGAAUCUAAAGGAUUUGCUUUUCUGAAAUACGAAGACCAGAGGAGUACAGACCUUGCCGUUGAUAACCUCGGUGGCACAAAAAUCAUGAACAGAGUCCUGAGAGUUGAUCAUACAAGAUACAAGAAGCAGGAUGAGGAGCCAGAUAAAGGACUUGUCCUAGACGAUGAAGGCAUACGCUCGAAUAUAAACGACUCUGCGGGGCCCAAUAACCACGAGAAGGAGAGAGAACGACUGAUGUCGAAGGAGGAAAGUGAGCUUAAGGCUCUCGAAGACGAACAUGACGAUGAAGACCCCAUGAAAGAAUUCCUCAUUCGUGAGAAAAGGGAAGGGGUUGCAACGAGGUUGCGUCGAGGUCAAGAUGAGAAACCUAGAUCCCGGGACCACAGAGAGAGGCACCACCACCGGAGUCGUCGCUCUUCCAGGUCACGUAGUCCUAGAGAAAGGGCUCACCACUCUCGCCAGGAUAAUGCUAGAAAGAGGUCACGUUACGACAGCCACAGGACCGUACGUGAAGAUGAAGAGGUAAAAUAUGCACGUGGGUGGAAGGACAAGUUCUAA